AUGCCAAUGCUGGCAAAUGCUAUUUUGGAAAAAUCAGUAAUGGAAUCUGACGGCUUUAAUAUUAUCAGGCAAGAAGACACAAAGUAUAAAGAAUACUUUGCAACUUACAAGGAAAUCAAGUCUGCAGGCAUCAUAAAUCUCGAAUCUGCUGAUAAUGAUUCCAUUUAUCAAUCCACAACAACCAGUCUAUUGGCAGGGUUGGGAAGUUUUUAA